CAGUUGUAUGCUGCCCAACUUGCUGCGAUGCAAGUGUCUCCGGGAGGCAAGAUACCUGGCAUACCCCAGGGUAACCUUGGUGCUGCUGUAUCCCCUACCAGCAUCCACACAGACAAGAGCACAAACAGCCCUCCACCCAAAAGCAAGGAUGAAGUGGCCCAGCCUCUGAACCUUUCAGCCAAACCCAAGACAUCUGAUGGCAAGUCUCCCACAUCACCCACCUCCCCUCACAUGCCAGCUCUGAGAAUAAAUAGUGGGGCCAGUUCACUAAAAUCCUCCGUGCCAGCAACAUUAGCUAGUCCUUCGGCCAGAGCUAACACAAUAGACAUCCUUUCUUCUAUCACGUCGUCAGGUUAUUUAAAUGACCACGAUGCUGUUACCAAGGCGAUCCAGGAGGCCCGACAGAUGAAGGAGCAACUUCGGAGGGAACAACAGGUGCUGGAUGGGAAGGUGGCCGUUGUGAAUAGCCUGGGUCUCAAUAACUGCAGGACAGAAAAGGACAAAACAACACUGGAGACCCUGACUCAGCAACUGGCAGUAAAACAGGGCGAAGACGGGAAGUUUAGCCACGCAAUGAUGGAUUUCAACAUGAGUGGAGAUUCUGACGGAAGUGCGGGAGUUUCAGAGUCUAGAAUUUAUCGGGAAUCCAGAGGGCGUGGUAGCAAUGAGCCCCAUAUCAAGCGCCCGAUGAAUGCAUUCAUGGUGUGGGCUAAAGAUGAACGGAGGAAGAUCCUUCAAGCCUUCCCUGACAUGCACAACUCCAAUAUCAGCAAGAUACUAGGAUCUCGCUGGAAAGCUAUGACAAACUUAGAGAAGCAGCCAUACUAUGAGGAACAGGCGCGACUCAGCAAGCAGCACCUGGAGAAAUACCCAGACUACAAAUACAAGCCAAGGCCGAAGCGUACCUGCCUUGUAGAUGGCAAAAAAUUACGCAUCGGCGAGUACAAGGCUAUCAUGCGCAACAGACGCCAGGAGAUGAGGCAGUAUUUUAAUGUUGGGCAACAAGCACAGAUUCCCAUUGCCACCGCGGGCGUAGUUUACCCAGGAGCCAUUGCCAUGGCAGGGACUCCCUCCAUGCCUUCCCCGCAUCUGCCCUCUGAGCACUCGAGCGUGUCCAGCAGCCCGGAGCCCGGGAUGCCCGUCAUCCAGAGCACUUACGGCAUCAAAGGCGAGGAGCCUCAUAUCAAGGAAGAGAUGCAGACCGAUGACGUCAAUGGAGAAAUCUACGAUGAAUACGAUGAGGAAGAAGAUGACCCCGAUGCGGACUAUGGCAGUGACAGUGAAAAUCACAUUGCGGGGCAAGCCAACUGAUCAGGGUCCAAAUAUCUCGUGACCUACAGGACUUCAAGGAGGAAAGAAAAAAUAAAUAAAGCCCCAUCUGGUUUAUCCUUGCCAGUGGCCAAGCACAUUAACUUUCUCAUACACUGACUGUUACUUUAACUGUUAGUCUUAACUAGUUGGGACAUCAGCUGACUAAUAGACAUCAGCCUGCAUCAGAAGAAAAAAAGGCUCAGAAGAAAGGAAACAAAGACAACGACGACAACAACAACAGAAUGAUAUAAGCUAUGGGUAAAAUAAUGCCAGUAAUUCAGCUGCUAUACCCAAGCACUGAAGUCUUACCCGUCGACCUUUUAUUAUUAUUAUUUUUUUUUCAAAUAAACUUUAUGGCUGUUUGUUCUACAA